AUGAAAAGUUUUGGAGUCAUAGCCAUCUUGGCAUUGGCUUGCUUAGCUAAGGUCAAUGCCACUCCUUGUGGUUGUGCCCCGUGUGCUCCACUUCCAUUACCCCUUGCCCCACCAUGCCUACCAGCUCCACUCCCAUUACUCCCUGCUCCACCAUGUCUACCAGCUCCACUCCCAUUACUCCCUGCUCCACCAUGUCUACCAGCUCCACCGUGCCUACCAGUCCCACCCCUUCUUCCAGCCCCACCAGCCCUACCAGUUCCACCCCUGCUACCAGUCCCACCUUGUAUUCCAGCCCCACCAAUCAGUCCAGCGACCCUAGCCUCUUUAUUGGCUACUCUUAAAGCAGCAGCCCCUGUCGCUCCCCUUACAACCCUCCCUGCUGCACCACCCGCGUUACCGGCCUUCGGACCCGCCCCAACCGUAGCUACAACCCUGGCAGUCCCCGCACCGGCACCUCAGGUCAUCGCUCCAGGACCAGCACCAGGACCAUUGAUAAUCCAAAUACCGUCAGUAAAAGGAAAGUGCGCACCAAUUGUCGUUCCAGCCGGUCCAGCAGCUAAUCUGCUCGUUAAACUGACCCAGAGUCCAGCACCCGCCCCCAUCAUACUUCCAGGUGCGGCACCCGGACCUAUCGUCAUCAACGACGGAAACGUAGUGAAGGAACAAUCCAUCUCGUACGCUCCAUCUCCAGAUCCAAACAAAAUAUUCUUCGCAUUACCAGCUCCAUUACCGACUCCACCGGUCGUUUUACCACCAGCGCCAUUACCAAAAAUAUUCUUCAAUCCCGGUCUUUACGUCCAAAAACCUGAUAUCGUUUUCCAAACCCCAGUUGGUCUACCAAAAUUGUUUUUGAUUCCUCCACCGAGUGGAUGUCCACCACCACCAUGCUUCCCACCACCGGGUCCAUGCAACCUGCCUCCAGUCCUCGCUAAGGUCCCUUUACCUUGUGCUUGUUAAAUGACUUUGUGAACAUGACAUUUUGAAUGUUCAAUUCAUUCAAAACAAUAAGAACACA